CUAAUUACUAGGCUCCUACCUCUCUAUGGCUUAUCGCCCAGUUCUUCCAUUGGCAACUUCUGAUCAAAAGAGACUUUUGCUUUAUAACUUGUCUCUUCAGAAUAUGGCCAUGCACUUUUUCCUACUUGACAGAACUGGGCACUAAUUAAAGAGAGAGGGAGAUAACCAAGGAGAGUGGAACAUUAUAUGACAUGCUAAAGGUAAAGGUAAAGGUACCCCUGCCCGUACGGGCCAGUCUUGCCAGACUCUAGGGUUGUGCGCUCAUCUCACUCUAUAGGCCGGGAGCCAGCGCUGUCCGCAGACACUUCCGGGUCACGUGGCCAGCGUGACAAGCUGCAUCUGGCGAGCCAGCACAGCACAUAUGACAUGAUAGACAAACCCUAAAGUGGUGCCUUUAGGAAGUCCGCUAUCAGUAUUUUUCUUUUUUCCAGAACCAGGGAUGCAGACAAACCAGCAAGCUACAGUGACUGGUGGAGGGUGAAUGCCUUGAAAAAUACGACUUGCUGAGAACUUGUCAUAUUUUGCUACAGUGGACCACUGGGAUUCUCUCAUCAAUGUGUUAUCUUUAGCAGGUGCUACUCAAUAGUUUAAAUAUUAAAGGAUAAACUGUCAGUAUUCUCUAUUCAAGACAAAGCCAUAAUGGACUAAGUGGGACAUGGUUUAAUAAAGUCUGCCUUCAGUCUGGAUUUUUUUAAUGACUUAUUGAUAUUCCAGAGUUUCUUUAACUUCUGCCUGUGAAAUUUGUAGAGCAGUCAUGAAUCCGGGAUUAACCCUAUGAAGUAGCUUUGGUUACAUUACUUCCAUGCCUGUUCUUUUCAUUCAUUAUUUCAAUGAACUUGAGAUGCAAUUGGCUGAAUCCACUUCCUUUCUGGUCAAAUUGAUUUGCUCCUUUUUCAAGUUUUUUUGUUUUAUGAGGAACAAACAUCAAGUCUAGGGUGCUUUCAGUUUAAGAAACAUGCAAUUGUUUUAAACUUAAUACCAGCUAGAAUUAGAUUGUAUUUGCUCAAUUAAUUUUCAACUUCUCUUUCAUUUUCUCUGCCCUCAGGAAAUCAUGGUCCAAAGGAAAGGGAUGGGAAGGGAACUGGAAGUCAGAAGUUGGUACUGAACUGUAGUGUGACUCCAGGCAAGCUGUUCAGAAUGGCUUUGUCUUCCAACCAUAUAGAAAGAGUUAUCACUUGUAUACUUAUGUGCCUGUGGAAGGGUGGUUUUGUUUUGUUAAGUGAAAAUCUGUUGAUAACAUAUUCUUUUCUCAGAGCAUUAGGCUGUGUUUCCUUUUUGGAAUAGGAGUCCCAGCUGCAUAGCAAAAUGUGAUUUAUCUCUCCACGGUAGUUGCCCGUGGUCAAGCACUAUCUGAAAUAAGCAGGUGCAUUCCUGCUUAUUUUAAUCAAAUCGGUCAACUUGAUUGUCCUCAUUCAGAUCUGUACGAUCCUUUCAAAGUUAAGCACUUUUAUACCCAAAGGAAGUAAUUGCGGGGUUUAACUGUGCUGACUUUUAGAAAUUGUUACCAGUGCAAUCUUAUACAUGUCUAUUCAGAAACAAGGUCCAUUGAGUGCAGUGAAGCUUAUUCCCAAGUAAGUGGGUGUAGGAUUGUAGUCAGAAAAAAAUCCAUUUGCAAUAUCAUGAACCCAGAAAAUCUUGGGAGUAAAGAUGAAAUUUGGGGCACCAUACCAGUAUACAGUUCUUUCUUGCCAUUUUCAUGGGGAAGCAGAAACACACAUGUCCUUCAAUUCACCUCUGAAAAUGGCAUCCUGGAUUAUUUUUUGGAAAUUGGGAAAAUGUCCUGGAAAACCAGCAACAGUUAAAUUGUGCUGAAAAUGCAUUUUAAAACCUUCAAAACUCAGAAAUCCUUGUAGCAUUUACUAAAAACAAUUUGGGGGUCUUCCUUUUUUCUAAAGGGUGUCCUGGUUUUUACUUUUUGAAAUAUGGUAACCCUACUAAAACAUAACAGGUGCUGCAGUGAGAAAGGAACAUUAGAAAGCAGGAUAGAAGCACUAGCACUAUAAUCAGGAUACAAAUGCAAUAUCCCCCAUGUCUGAAUGCAAACUCUGACAGAACCAAGGCCAGAUCCUCACUUGGCCAUGAAACUCACUGGGUCUUUCAACUAGUCUGUCUCACAGGGUUGUUGAGAAGCUAACAUGGGGGUGGGGAGAGAUUUGUGUAUGCCUUCCUGAGCUCCUUAGAGGACGGCAAAGAUAUAAAAUUGAUGAAGAAACAAAACAAAAUACAGAGAGACCCAUCACAAUGCCUACAGAUUUAGGCCAGGGCUCAGAGAAAUGUACUGCAUGAGUUAAAUCUGUCAGUUUUCCUGCCUGGAAUAAGGUAGGGCUUUGGAAAGUUAGCUGCUCGUUUACUCUUCCUAUGCCAUUGAACCCCAAUAAAGCAACCCUUUCGCUAUAGCAUAGCUUCUGUGCGGUUUCAAAUGUCUUCUGCCCUCAAUUGCCUUCCACUUCAGAGACUGCUCUGGGGCAUGAUAUUCAAGAAUUUCAAGUCAGUACUAAAAGAAUCCAAGACAAGUUCACUUAAAAGUGGAUAUUUAACAGUGGAUAUGGCACUAAAAUUCACAAUCUGGAGGGGAGUGGAAUUUAUUUUUCCCCAUUCUGAAAGCAAUUAGCUAUUUCAGAUAGAGCCCAAACCCUCCAAAGUUGGGCAAGGCUCAUGAUGAUCGUAGGCCAGUGCUGCUUUUGCCACUGCUGGACCAGCAAGAAAAAGGAAGGUGAGAGUGUGGUUUGGUUGGAGGAAUGGCAAGGGAAGUGUUCUGGUAAUGAGCAGAGCUGGUGGGGAGGAAGUGAGACCAUUUUCUAAGCCUGAAGUUGGUUCCAAAAUGAUGCAAGGACUCUUCGGGGGGGGGGGGAAUGCAUGUCAGCCACAAAUAUGUAUUAAGGAGUCAAAAUUCACGAAUCAUAUCCUUUAGUUUAGGUAUAAAUAAUGGUUUCCUGUAAGACUUGCAUUCCAAGAUUGAAUCUGAAAAUAAAAUUUAUGUGUGGAAUUCCCUCUUUUUAAAAAAUUGCAGCUGUAAAUAUUAAAGUUAUGAUGAAAGUUGUUCCUCAGCUGAAUAAACAGUACUGGGAGAGGGGAGGGGAUCAUCCUCUCUCCAUGUUUUUUAUAGUUACUCUUCCUAAUUGUCCUGCUGCUACCUCAUGCUCCAGAUAUCCAAGAAAGCUGACAUGGUAAAGUUAUAUACAGCACUGCAGUGACCUCUUUGCAAUGAGGAUGUGUAUCUCUCCAAUAAAGCCCCAGACAAAAUGACAGUGACAGCUGCCUCGUGGCAUUCAGCUUGAAUGGAACAGGUUUGCUCAGAAGUGUCAGUCGCCAGCGUGUCAUGACAGCAGAUAGCACCAAGGAAAACAUCUUUAAGCCCCAUCCUGGAAAAGUGAAACUUCUUUCAGCAGCUGCAGAGGCUGUUUAGCAGGAAAGGUGCUCUUCAAAGUCUUUGCACUUCUUCUUGGGCUGAUCUUCUUUUAUGAACCUCCUGAAAGCUGAAACCUUUUGCCAGGUGUUAGUUGCAGAAGCCCAUAAAACAAAACCUCGCUCAGCAGAAGCAGCAAAGCUGGAGGUUUUAUGGGUGGAAGGAACUCCAAGAACCAAGAGAAGAAAAGCACGAUGCUGUUGAAGAGGAGUCAGAAGUUACCUCUGUGGGAAGACGCUCUCCUCUCUGGGAAAGACCCAAGAGCACUCCUGAAGCGUGGACUGCAGUAUGUCAGCUUGAGCCUCAUCAUGAAAGGGAUGACAAGGACGCCUGACUUUUUGUGGGGAUUGCCACAGGUCCAGAAACUGAACCUCUCCCACAACCAGCUGGUGGUCCUUCCUCCUGCUUUGGCGAAACUUGACAGGCUGGUGGUGCUGAACCUGUGUGGGAAUCGCAUGAGGUCUCUGCCGAAAGAGAUUGGGCUACUCAGGAACCUGAAGGUUUUAUUUGUCAACAUGAAUUGCUUGACGGAAGUACCGGCCGAACUCGGACACUGCAAGAAGCUGGAAGUCUUGAGCCUCUCUCACAACUGCAUCUCCCAUCUCCCUUCGAGCAUCACAGACCUGAUAAACCUGCGAAAGCUGAACCUCAGCAACAAUCGGUUCAUUUACAUUCCCCUAAGUGUUUUUGCGUUGCGGAAUUUAGAUUUUCUACAUGUAGGCUGCAACAAGCUUGAAAACAUUGGAGACAGUAUCCAAUUUCUAGUCAACCUGCAGAUCUUGAUUGCUGAUUAUAACAAGAUUCGCAGCUUGCCAAGGUCUAUCUGCUCAGUCACUGCUCUUGAACUGCUAAAUGUUGAUUACAAUUCCAUUCAAAUGCUUCCAGAUGAACUCUAUUUGCUGCGCCGAUUGCCAAAAAUUGCUUGGAAUCCAAUGGAUAAGGGGCUACACAUUGUGCACAACCCUUUGUCCAAGCCACUGCCACAGAUUAUAGAUGGAGGACUGAAUGCGCUCUACAGCUAUCUCAAAGAUAAAAAUGAGCUCCCAUAAAUGUACACUUUGCUUGGGAUAGACCUGGUGGCCAUGUCUCAACUGAGUUCUUUAAUAUUUCUGAUCAGUAGCUUUCACUGCACUCAUCAAGAGUUGGAAUACAGUUACAAGUACAUUGACUUUAUGUUGACUGUGCAAUGGAUGUACUUUCCAAAUAGUAUGUAUCCUUGCAGUGCUGAGGUAUCCUUUAGGAUGGCAGGGGUGAGGAGGAACCCCAAGGAUUGACAUAUUUCUCUUUAUUUUGCUGUAAUCAGGUUAAUACAGAGCCAACAGCAGUUUCAGGCUUUUCCCACCUGUCAGAUUUCAAUAACAUUAAUAUAAAGCAUAUUGAUGUAGCAUGAUGUGAUGGUCUUGUGAAGUUCAGUGGCACUUUAAACUCCUGUUUAGUGUCUUGUACCAAGGGCGGGGGGGGGGGGUGCUACAGAAAUCCUAACCACAAGAAGCUGAACUGAUUCCUUAGGAAGAAAGCUUGAUCGGGUUACAAAGCAAUGUGUUUUUGUUCCGUGACCUAUACCGCAUUAUCUGUUACUACAUUCUGGCUGUGGUUCAGUCCAAUUAAUUUUCCAGUGUGUUUGAUCCCAGACAAGCAAGUUGCUACCUAAAAAGAUAUUGUAGAAAGAGGUGGUGAAUAAAUCUUGCAGCAAUUGAGAAAAAUGUCCAGAAUAGAAACGACUAGUACCUCAAAAUCUUGAAGCAGGGAUUAGGUAACGUACAUCACAACAAGUACUUGAUGGAAUGUAUAGCUGCUUGUGAUGUGAGAAGCGGGGGCAUGGCCAGAUCCACACCCCUUGUCAAUGGGGCUUGUGCAUGAGAACCCCCCAGUUCUCUGCCCAGGUCUAUAGAAAUGGUGAGCCAAAUAGCUAUUUUUUAUGAGGAGAAACCUUCUAAGGCUUGAAGUCAUUACUUGCCUCCUUUUCUAAAAUUUUGGCCUGGGCACAUAUCAUAUGAUGCCUGUCUGAGGUGGUUCUACCUAGUGUCCUUGUGGAAAUGUAUUUCAUGAAUGUUUUCUAAAGAAGCAAUAGGUUAAAAAGUCUACCUGCCUUUCCAUAAAUCCAAAAUGCAGGGCUAUCCCCUCACCUAUUGUAUGGGCGAGGUCACUAACUGCUAGGAAAAAUGGAAAAGGAAAAAUCUGGUAAUUGACCAGAACUUAUCUAUCUGGGACAGUUGUGAAUGUGAAUACAAGCUUUGGGUAACUUUUAAGUUCAUGACAGCUAUUUGAAAAAGAAAACCUUCACUUCAGAAGCAGGAAUUUGUAUCUGUGAAAUGCACUUUUAAAAAACGAUGUCGUCAGCAGCUUCUGCAGUUUCGGUGCACAAGAUGUAAUGAUGCAGAACGGGGUAUAUUGCCUGAGAAUGUUGUGCUAAUGGAAUACCUCAAAAGUGAGCAGGCUGCCCAGAUUGUAGAGGAUGUAAACUUGAUUUGCAUCUCACUUUGGAGCUAUUUGUGAAGGGAAAUUCAGGAGUCCUAAAUAUACUUCUUCAGCAGUUUCUGGCUCCCUGGAUGCAAUUAAGGAGAAAGAGAAGGCAUAUGAGACUGAGGAAUAGUAUCUGCAAAAAAAGAAAGAAAAAAGUGUCAUGUAAUUAAUCAACUCAGGUUGCAACCCCUCUGCACACGUACUGGGGAAUAAGCUGUAUUGUACUCAGUGAUACUCACAUCAUACAUAGGAUUGAAUUGUCAAUGCCUGAUUAAUGUAAUAUACAAUACAAAAAUCCACUGGGUAUUUUGCUAUAUAUUUGGGGCACAAUGCUACCAAAUUCAGCACUUUGUAAAUCCGAUUGAUUUCAAAGUCAAAUAUUUCAUCACUGUCUCAUUGAAAUCAGUGGGGCUUAAAAUAGUUUAUCUUUGGUUGGGUGCCCUUAAUAUCUCCUUUACAUCUCUUCUUACAAAGCAUAUAUAUAGGGAUGUAUUUGGGUUUUUGGGUAUCCUGAAAUAAACAUACAGCGAGCUAGUACAUUUAAUAUAUAGCUAAGGGGAAACACACACACAGACCCGAAGGCUGAUGGACUGAGAAAUGGAUUGAGAAAACUCUUGAGUGUUUUGACAGAGUUUCCUGGUAGCACUUAUGUCAGUGCAACAAAUGACAAUGAAGGUGGUGAGUCCUAUGGCAAACAAGCCCUAUGGGGCACAACUGAAAGAACUGGAUAUGUUUAGCAUGAAAAAGAGAAGCGUAAGGUGAAGCAUGACAGCAAAUACCUGAAGUGUUGCCACCUGGAAGAAGGCAAAGACUUGAGUUCUGUUGCCUGAAAGAGACAUAGCCAACUUAAUGGGCUUAUGUUGGGAUAGAAGAUUUUGGCUGAAGAGAAACUUAUUGAGAGUAAGAGCAAUUCUACAAUGGAACCAAUUCUCUCUCUCUCUCUCUCUCUCUCUCUCUCUCUCUCUCUCUCUUCACUAUCCAGGCCUUUUAAAUCUACUAGUUUCAUUUAUCUGUAUGCUAAUGUAUGUCCUGCUGCUUAUUAUUAACGCUGGUUUUAUUAUGUAAAUAUGGCUUUUCAGUAUUUUCAUGUAAGAUCAAGAGCCUGGCUGAAAAGUGGGGUCACAGCAAGAACAUUUUUAAGACUCAUAUGAGCGUACACUAUUUAUACAUACAAAUGGGUUCUAAUUUUAAAGAUGAUAAUUGUACUUAAAAUAUCCAUCUCAAAUGUCUGAAUGUUGGCUCUUGUAUGCCAUUGUUGACAGUUAUAUGUUAAGGGGUUUUUUUUUUUACAGAGUAAUCCAAUCCGUGUCUACUCAGAAGCAAAUGCCACUGAGUUCAGAAGGGGCUUGCUCCCAGGUAAGGGAGUUUAGGGUUGCAUCAUUUGUAUAUUUGAUGCUGUCACAUUAAUCACUGGGCAGGGGAGAUAUCUGUUUAUCAGCUAAUAAGGAUUAGGCAAUAGAAGUUAGUUAUGAUAUGAUUUGGCUGUGAUAUCUCCCCAUUGUAAUUUGUAUGGCAGCUUAAGAGAAAUUGGCACUGCAGGAAUGUUUAGGGUUCUGUUUCACAAGAUGAAAAACAGCAGAUGGUACAAGGAAAAGAUCCCCAGACAGUAGCUAAUCUAUUUGAAAAAAUCAAAAUAGUGAGAUGUGUGGAUAAAGAAGGGAAUAGAAUAUAAAGCUGAACACCAUUAUUUUGAAAAUGAUGAUGGUGCAGAAUAACAAUAAUAUUUCCCUUGUCCUAAUAAAACAGUUUAACUGGAUGAAGCACUAAAAUAUAAACAAUCUUCCUGUAAAGGGGGGGGGGGGAAUCCCAUGAUUAUAGCUACAAUACUAUACAGAAUUACCUGGGAGUGCUCACUACUGAACACAGCGAGACUUACAUCUGUGUAAUUAUGCAUGGGACUGCACUGUUAACAGCAAACCAAAUAACUGGAACUGCACAUUUGCAUGUUCCAGCACAUUCGUAAUGAGGCAAAUUAUCCCCUCACAUUAGCACUGAGCCCUGCUUCAUUUUGUCCACCUCCAUCCCAACCUCCCGGCAGAGCCAAACUGCAUGUAUGCAUUGGUCUGGGGCAAUACCAGCUUGAGAGCAUUCCCAGGAAACAGGACAGAACUGGCCAUACAUAGGGUUGUGCUUCACUGUAAGGAAGCGAUGGGGAACAUUUGGCCCUCCACAUGUUGUCGGAUUGAAUUCUCAUCAGCACCAACCUGCAUGACCAAUGGUCAGGAAUGAUGAAAGGUGUAGUGGCACAACAACAUCUGGAGACCCAUGGGUUCUCUUUGCCUAGUUUAAGAAAAGAACUAAAGCAGAACUGGGGAACUGGUGCCCUCCUCCCCUGAUGUUACUGGACUACAAGCCCCAUCAUCCCUGAUCAUUGGACAUGCUGGCUGAUGGGAGUCAGAACCCAACAAUAGCUGGACAAGGGUUUUCCAACCUGGUUUAAUGCCUAAAUUUAAUAAUAAUAAAAAAACUGCAUGGAAAAAAAUGUUUCUUAUUUUUUAGUUCCUCAACCUUAUUUUUAAACUAGACAUACUACGCACGUUUCACAUAGAAAUCUACUGAGAUUUUGGUAUAAAUAGUUGUUGGGGGAUUUGAAAGAAGGGCAUAAAAAUCUCCUGGUAUUCAUAUCAAAAUUUCAGUAGUUUUGCAAAUGAAAUGUGCCUUGUAUUUCUAGUUAAAAACACAGAUAUUUCCUCAUCCUCAGUUUCAAAAAUUAUAACUGCUACAGGAACAUGCAAAACAAUGUAGGAUAGUGCACAAUACUCUUUGGUUUAUGCAUAUGAACUGCAGUUCUGCUCAAUUAAUUUUUAAUUCCCUUAUUUCAUUGGGAUUUAAGCAACAUAACUGCAAUCAGGAUUGCAGCCUUUAUAACAGAAGCCUUUUGGCAUGCAAACCCACAUCGUAUUUCCAAAUCUUUUGCUUUAACUACUGUCUACGAUGCUGAAAUCCCC